UCCACACUUUAAGGAAUCAUGGAGGUUUCAACAUUAAAGAAAAUGAUAGAUGAUUUGUGUCUCUGCGAAGAAGUUAAGGUAGAAAAAACAGGUCUCAUCAUUGAUGGUAAAGCUCUGUACUAUUCUUUGUAUUAUACGUCCGAUCCAAAGCUGGACCAGCGCUGUGGAGGAGAUUAUCCCGGAUUCAAACAUGAGGUCUGUCAGUUCUUUAAGACUCUGCAGGACUGUGAAGUCAAUCCGUACGUCAUCCUGGAUGGAGGCUCACACACCGAGAAGCAUGAACACAAUGUGUCUCGUCUAAAAUAUAAACUGAAAAAAGCAAAGAAAAUAGCAGAGACUGAGCCUGAUGGCACUUUACCAGAGGCAUAUAAUGUGUUACCACCUCUGGUCAAAGAUGUCUUCAUAGAAAUCUUAAGAGAAAAAGGCAUAGAGUUUAAAGUGUGUUUAGGAGAGGCAGACCCUGAGGUUGUUUCCGAGGCAAAUCAGAAACAAUGUGCUGUUCUGUCCAUUGACAAAGAUUUUUACAUCUUUGAUGUGCACAAAGGUUUCCUUUAUCUCGACAACUUUGAGUGGAAAAAAGAAAAGAAUGGAAAAAUUCCUGCUAAGCUCUACACAUGUUCAAAGUUUUGUGAGCGUUUUAAAUUGGACCCUGCUCUCAUGCCAGUCUUUGCUUCAAUAGCAGGAAAUGAUUAUUCAAGAUUAGAAGACAAUGGUGCUUUUGCAAAGGAAUCAUCUUCAGCUGGUGUGAACAGCAUUAAAAGACUGGAUGGUAUGCUCGGCUUUUUAAGUAAAGUGAACCUGGAUGGCUUGGACGACUCACAGAAGAGAGAACGUGCUCUGAGUGAAGCUUUAAAUCAUGUUGGCAAAGAAGAGAACCAAACAUUCAAACUCGCCAUUAAAAAAUAUGUUAAACCAGAAAAAACAAGUUCUAAGUUGCCACCAUGGGUGUGUGAAAAAGUUGAGCGUGGAGAACUCACCAGUUUCACCACAAGUGUUGUGGAUCAGAAGACAAUUCUGCUGACCCCACUUGUGGAGGACUUUUCACAGCACAGUAGCUACAAAGCUGCUUACCGCAUCAGACAGUACUUCUAUGGACUGUUAACAGGAGGUGAGAUUACUGAAUAUGGCAGGGAUGGAGAAGAGAUCAAAGACUACCGUGUCCCAUCAAUACUUCCCAGCAGUGAUGAACAGAAACAACUGAAACUAAAGCACCUGCAUAAGGCUCCUGAGGGUUUGCGUCGCAGGGUGUUUGAACAAGCUCUGCAGGUUCAGACUUCAGACUUAGAAAACAUCCCCGACCAGCUGAAGCUGCCAGCAUGUGUGACUGUUUUCUGGUUUAAGAAGCUACAACACCAUUCAAAACCUGAAACUGUAAACUGCCUCCACGCUCUCCUGCUGUGGUUUGUGUGUGAGUCCGAUGGUCCAGAGGACGAGUUUGAGAGGAGGAUGAAAGCUUUAAAGGAUGAAGGUGUGAGUAACUGGCAGCCAUGUGUGGCUCAUGCUUUCAGCCAAUGGCAGUGCUGCAUGAGGCAGAGCCUCCACCUGAACCAGCUGCUGUGUUCCCCUCUACCAGAACCUCAGUGUGCACGACUUUACUGUGGACCUCUCCUUCAUCGGCUGGCAGAUAAAGACACAAUUAAACAACUAGAGAAAACACUGAGAGGAGAAAAGAAGGAAUUAUAUAAAUAUUUAAAGACCAUUCUUAAACCAAAAAGUACUGGAGAGAGGUCCUCAAGUGAGGAAGAAUGCCAACAACUGCAGACGACUGAGGAAGAGGAGAACUCAGAUGAAGAUCUCAUAACCAGUCUAGACAAUCUACACAUUGUAGAAACAACUCUGGUUAUUGGCGACUCUGCACUCAGAAAUGUGCAGCUAGAGACUCCAGGAAACAUGAUCAAAUGCAUUCCAGGAGCAACAGCACCUGUCAUUGAGGCUAAUCUGAGACUGUUGGCUAGAUUUCGAAAGAUUGUAAUUCAUGUUGGCAGUAAUGAUAUCCAGCUACAGCAAUUUGAGGACUCUAAAAAUAGUAUUGAAUCUGUUUGUAACUUUGCCAGAACAAUGUCAGACACUGUAGCUUUCUCUGGUCCCUUCCCCAAUGAGACCAUGCUGUCACUGAACCGCUGGCUGUUGGAGUGGUGCUCAGAAAACAGUGUGGUAUUCAUAGAUAACUGGCAAACCUUCAGCAAAAACCCUGGUCUUAUUGAGGAAGAUGGCAUCCAUCCCACUUUGGAUGGUGCAGCUCUCCUUUCUAGACAUCUGGAUGAAUUUUUAAGUUAAAACCAGAAAGCAGGGUUAGGGUCUUACACACACCUCUGAACAGUUCGUUCUGUCACCCACUCCCAAAAUCCUGUCCUCACAGACUCCAUAAAACUAAAGAGCCAAAACAGCUAAAUGUGGUUUACUGAAUAUAUUUUUACAGUAAAAGUUAAGAACACAAAGAAAUGCAGUGACACAGUUUUAAGACACAGUUUUGUUUAAUGAGCACCUGAGAGAGGAAAGAAGAAUAUAUCAGGGAAAUGAGGCAGAAAUUAAUAGCCGGUGUUUGUUAACACCACAUUGUCUGCACAGAACUCAUGUAUAACUCACAUGCCCAAACGCCAAUAAGAGCUCAGGCCAUAAGACGUCCACAUGCAGGAAACACCUCGAUGUUCAAUAAAGGACAAGGACCUCACCAUCACUUUAAUGUGUCUGUUAUAAGACCUUUUUUAUUUCUUUGUAUUAUUUUUUGUCUACAGUGUGACCAUGUAGAGGUCCACAAAUCUGGAAUAAUAUUCAAAGCGCUUUAAAAAUGUCAACAUCUUUCUCUGUCUUCAGGGGACUCUAACACAACAUUUGCUACUAACAUAUGUUUGAUUUGGAACACUGUGUAGAUUUUUCAAACUUGUAAUCGAGGUGCUAUUAUUUCUAGUUGUCACUGACUUCAUAUAUUGGAUUAGCAUGUUUUUGUGUUAGAAUUUCAAGUAUAACUUUAGGGCGUUUAGUACGAUAAUGUACAUUGGGUACUAUAUAUGUAUUGUCUUUAUAUAAUCUGACGUUUGGGCCAAAUGACUAUUACAAUCAAAUAACUUCACAAAUAAACUGAAACUGUUUCUCUGUGAUUUGAAUUUAGUGUUCAGUUUUUUGCUAAUCUUUUAGAGCACUUUGUAAAUUGUUUUUGAAUAAAGUUACAGAUAUUAAUAAUCACUAA